CUUCCAGAAGACCACUGGGUUGUCCUGCUCUGGGAGAGAACUGGAAUCUCUCCAAAGGGCCAUUUCUGGAACAGAGUUGGCCCAGAUCUGUUAGGGAGUAUCUCUUGGCCUCUAAAUGUUAGGAACUGUUCCUGGCACACGGGGACCUCAACCAGCUCCUUUGCUUCUUGCUCUACAGGGGUCGCUGCAGUGGGUGUCCCUGUCGCAGUGGGCGUUCUGGGUUUCAGCGGUGCAGGAAUUUUGGCCGGGUCAAUCGGCGCAAAGAUGAUGUCGGCUGCUGCCAUCGCGAAUGGUGGCGGAGUGGCUGCCGGGGGUCUGGUCGCCACACUGCAGUCAAUUGGGGCUGCGGGGGUGCCGACUGCGGUCUCAGCGGCAGCGGCGGCCGGAGGAGCAGUCCUGGGGGCCGUGAAGGACCUUUGCACCUGAGAGGCCGAAGAUGAGCUGGUGGUCAGAAUGCCUCUGAAGAAAAAUCUGCUGGAAGGCAAAACUGCUCUGGCUGCAUGGAGUUUCCCCCUGGUUGGAUUAUCUUAGCUUAGCCCCUUUCUUCUAGACUUGCCUGACCCCUCUGCUUACUGCGAUUAAAAUACUGCGUGCUGUAGUUCUUCUGUACUUCCGUUUGUAUGCUACGUCGCAGGAUGUCCCCGUCGAUGGGUUCCCGUUCAUCCAACUGGCCACUGUGUCUGGUUCACGCUCCCUUUCCCUCCCCUAAGGAGGCAAAACCCAGCAUCUUUACCGAAGCCCCCUGAAGCA